AUGGCAAGAGAGCAGAUGCUACAUAAGUCUGUGGAGGCAGUCCGAGUCGAGGAUUAUUUGAAUGAUAUGAUCCAGACCGGACAGGACUUGCGGAAUUUAGACGCCAUCCUCCAGAACCUUCAGAGCCAGCAGGAGCUUCAAAAAAAACAGCUUCAUGAUGCGAGGGGCAUUCUCGCCAAUGCCACUCAGACGUCGAAGGAACACAGUGAAAGGGUGCGCAAGGAGGCUGAGGCCUUUAAGAAACAGCAGGAGGAUUUGGAUAAACGACUUUUGAUUGUUACCCAAUCGGACACCAGCGAGAAGGCAGCCAAGGCAUUCGAAAUCAGCAUGGAGCGCCUUCGCAGAUUGGACAUUGCGAAGAAUUAUAUGGGAACCUUGCGUGAGGUAGAUGAUCUUAGUAAAGAGACUUUGGAGAUCCUUGCGACCUCUCCUCGCCUGGCUCUCCGUCCAUAUGCACGAUUACGAAACCUCUCGUCUGGCAUGAAAUCUGCCCAACCAGCAGCAGAAGGAGCCGCGCCUCAUCUAGUCGACUAUGCCGAGAAAAUAGCAAAUACCUUACGAGAGCAAAUAGCCAAAGUAUUUGAAGAUAACUUAGAAGAAGUCCUAACAAAAAUGAAAUGGCCAGGGAAAGAACUUGACAUUCCGGACGGCCUCAUAAACGACUGGACGGAUGCAGUAGAAUUAUUGCUAGAGCUGCAAGAGCCCGAACUUGCAAGUGGUGCAAAGCCUCUCAGCCCUCCAUCUACACGAUGGGAACCACCUGUUCUUCUGCCUCUGCAGGUGAUGGCCCGUCCUCUUGAGCUCCGAUUCAAGUACCACUUCAGUGGUGAUAAGUCGACAAACAGAUUAGACAAGCCUGAAUACUUUUUGUCUCAUGUUAUCGACUUGAUCAACACCCACGGCGAUUUUUUUACUAUUUACCUUCAGCCCAUCCUCGACAAAAAGGCCAAAUCUGCCGACUCAGGUAUCCGUUGGGCAUAUGCUGAUGCAGUGUCAUCUUUCAUAACCUCUCUCUUCCCUAUGGUUCGCCAAAAAUUGAGCUCUGUUCUUCCAAGAAUAGUUGACCAUCCCCAACUUUUAAGUCACUUUAUCCAUGAGCUCAUGAGUUUUGAUACCGAAAUCCGAGACGUAUGGAAUUACACUCAGGAUCGGUAUUCUUCAGAUGCUUGGAAAGGAUUGACGUGGGAGAUUCUCGUUCUCCAAGAUUGGUUUAACCACUGGCUAAAGGUGGAAAAAGAUUUUGCACUAUCCCGCUAUCAGGAUAUCAUUGACGGCGAGGACAGUGGGGAGAUAGACUCUGAUGGGGUUGAACCGUCGGCUACGAAACCGACCAAGGCUGCAAUUAGGGUCAAUGAUCUUCUUGAAACUAUUACGGAGCGGUACCGGCCUUUGUCAUCAUUCAGUCAAAAGCUGCGUUUUCUUAUAGACAUCCAAAUCACGAUCUUUGAUCAAUUUCAUCUACGGCUACGAUCUGGCCUUGAAGCGUACCUUGCGAUGACGUGUACAAUUGGCCGCACGGUACAGGGUUCUUCAGGCACAGACACGAGUUUGGAGGGUGUGGCAGGGCUGGAGCGACUCUGUCGGAUAUAUGGUAGUGCAGAAUACCUCGAACGGAAAAUGCAGGAUUGGAGUGAUGAUGUGUUUUUCUUGGAGCUCUGGUCUGAACUCCAAGAUAGAAUCAAGCAAAACAGCCGUACAGGAAGACCUGUAGCAGGACCAAUGAGUAUUUCCGAUGUUGCCGCCCGCACCUCAUCAACAGUGGCCAAUAAUAACGAAAGCGGCGAAAAUCAGACUGAAGGGGCCCUUUUUGACGAAACAGCGUCUGCAUACCGUGGACUGAAGACGAGAUCGGAAUCCAUCAUUAUAUCAACGAUGAUAUCAAGUGCCCAAUCCGCACUACGCCCAUAUUCUCGGAUAUCUACCUGGGCAUCACUUGCACCACCCUCAAACACCAGCGGGCACUUACCAAAUUCAUCCGUCGAGUUAGCCGUCAUUCUUAGAGUCCUCUCUAAUGAGAUCUCAUUUCUCCAUCGACUCCUGGCGAUGGCUCCUCUCCAGCGAAUUACAUGCCAACUCCUGCUUUCCAUCCAAACAUAUAUAUGGGACAACGUACUGAUGCGUAAUUCAUUUUCAACAGCUGGUGCGUCCCAGCUUGCGGUGGAUGUCGAUAACAUAUGUAAUGCUGUCGACCUGGCCAUGGGAAAUGGAAUGGAGUCAAGAAAAGUUAUGCGGAAACUCGAAGAUGGAUUGCUCCUGCUCAAUUUAAAGAUUAAACCUGCACAGGAUCAUGAUGAUACCCCACAUUUGUCGCUUUGGGACGUUGAAAAGCGGCUUUUUGCAAAUAACGAGAGCGCGAGAGCCUUGUUGGGUGAAUUAAACAUUGAAACUUUGAUGGAGGCGGAGGCGAGGGCGGUGUUGGAACGACGGGUGGAAGUACGGAGUUAG